AAUUCACCAUGAAGCUCACACUGCUAUUGCUAUUGGUGGGUAUUUCCAACUUAUGUGUCAGUGCACAAUCUUCUUCUGCGGAGAGUGGCAUUUCGAAAAGCUUUGAUCAGCAACGAAAUGAGUUAGAGCCAACGGAUCAAGAUGAAGAGGAGCUUGCACAAGCUUUAUCUUCUCUCUUGACACAAACACAGGAAUACGGAGAUGCUCAAGGAAUUGGUGAUGAGGAUGUGGAAACUUUGAAUGCUCUCGCUGAAAUGCAGGAUGAAGAAUUGGAGCAAGCCUUGACUAACGCAAUUGCUGAUGAUGAUGGUGCAUUCAUCACUGCACUUAAGGAUGUACAAAAAAAACAUGGCGAUGAAAAUGCAAGCAUACAAGAUUCUGACACACCAAGCAAAGAAUGGCAUUCUCUGAUUAACGUGAUUGUAAAGACUGAAGAUGAGGAUGGCCGCCUAAGUAAGCAAGGACCUCACCAACUUGAAAGAGAAAGAAGAGAAGCAACAGAAGGUGGUUUCACUAACAAACUUACCGAAACUCAAAAUGAAAAUGAUGAUACAAGCAUGAAUGCUGAGCUUGAGAAAAUAGAGCAAGACAAAGUGAGGGACAAGGAAGCUUUGCAAGUGUUAGCAAAUGCUCUUGCAGAAGUACAGCAAGUAGACCAAACAGAGCAAGAACUUGAAAAUGAACUAGCUUCUAUUCAGUACAGCAACGAGGAUGAUGGAAAUAUUCAAGAUGGUAAACUGAUUAAUGAAGCUAUGAUGGAAAAACUCUCUGCAAAAGAUGAUAAUACUCAAAGUCAAGACCACGAUGAAGAUAUACAAGCAGUUUCGAAUGAGCACAUGCCCUCCAAGCAGGCAGCCGCAAUUCAAAGAGAUGAAAACGCAGCCAAGGUAGUCUCAAAAUUAUAUUCAACGGCUAAGGUACAAUGGAGACGUCGUAGACGAUGGCGACGCCCAACAAGAAUCAUUCGAAGAUCUAUCCGCAGAAUUGUAAGGGUCGUUCGAAAACCAAUUCGCAAAAUUUCAAGGGUAAUUCGAAAAGUUCGCCGCAUUCGUAAACUAAAAAGAAUAAUUCGAAAAGCUAUUAAAAAGAUUCAACCUAAACGCCUAAUCCGCCGGAUAUCAAAAGUUAUCCGAAAGAGUCACCCCAAGAAAGUUUUUGGAACAUUAUCAAAAUUGCUUAAAAUGUUGAAACCAAAAACAAGCUUCUUGAAAAAGCUCAUUGCAAAAGCAGGAAAAUUGCUCAAGAAGGCUGUUAAGUAUCCCAAGAAACUCGGCUCAAAGGCACUUCAGUACGUAUUGGGCUUACUUGGUAAAGGAAAAGAAGUUACUAGCAUCAAAAACAGUUCAGGAGGAAGUACAGGUGAUAAAAAUGGGAAAUCGGGAACAAGGAGUAAAGGAAGAGGAUCUUGGCUGACAAAGCUCACUGAAAAUGAUGGCAACAGUUUCUUGAAGAAAAUGAUUGUCGUUAUCAAAAAGUAUGGGCGUAAACGAAAAGGAUGAACAAGUUAGACCGUGAACAAUAUUAUAGCUAGACAGCCUUAUGAUUAUUAUGCAGUUUAGUACACACAAAUUUUAUAACCUUACAACAGGUGAUUUUUUUGUAUGCAGAUAUGACAUAAUUAUACAGUCAUGUAAAGGGAAGCAGGCCGAAAUUGGCAAAUUCAUUCUCUCUCAAAUAA